UGUCAGCCGGUUGCCGGCUCAUCAGCUCAAGUUAGCGCGAGAAUAACCUGUCAGGUCUGUUUAUGUACUCUGUUUACGUGCCUCCGAAUCGACCGGGUUCCCUCAUCAUCGGCGUGCCGACGGCCGACUUUGAGACGAAAAAAGUGUAAUCAUCAGUGUCCUGCAUCGCGUCCCGACUGUGUGAGGCGGUUGUUGUGUCAGUGCAGCGUCUUCGCAGUGCCCGUUUCUGCGUCGGAAUCGUCGGAAUCGCGUCGCCAAGAUGCCAAGAAAGAAACGUAGGGGUGGAUUCCAGAAGAAGGCCAAGACCGCAUCAACAUCUUCUGCCGUGCAAACCCAAGAAGUCACCGAUGAAGGUGCAGCGUCCAACGAUGUCAACACCGAAUCGCCAACGAUCUUUAAAAAAGCAGCACACAAGCUGAGAAAUGAGUCUGAUGCUGCCAGCGUGUCCAGCCAGGAAAAAGCUUCGUCUUCAAGCUCAAAUCUCCUGUCGUCGCGUCCUAUCUUACCAGAGAAUGUGCAGCAGUUUGACCUAGGAGAGAGCGCGAGGUGUGGAGACCUCAUUCCAGGUAAUCCAAAAAGACGACAAGGACGCCCAAGAAAAAUUGAUAAAUAUCCAAAAAGGUUUCAACGCAAGAACCAAAGUUCUAGUGAAACCCAGAGUAAUUUGUCGGCGCCUGAUGGUUCAGCUGGCUCGUCUGAUGGUGCAAAGCGAAAAAUAGGAAAACCUAUACCAGCAGGACUUCCAGAGAAUGUGCAGCAGCUUGACCAAGGAGAUAGCGCGAGGAGUGGAGACCCCGUUCCAGAUGGUCCAAAAAGACGAGGACGCCCAAGAAAAAAUGAUAAAUAUUAUCCCAAUAGGUUUCAACGCAAGACCCAAAGUUUGAGUGUAGCCCAGAGUAAUUUGUCAGCGCCUGAUGGUUUAGUUGAUUCGUCUGAUGGUGCACAGCGAAAAAGAGGAAGACCAAAGAAACUGACAGCUCAACCAAGGGAAUUGCCCACCACAAUGGAGGAACUUGCGCGGUUUGCAAAUACAAUGUUGAUGGAGAGGCUCGCUGCAAGCUUAACUGAGAGACUAAAUCGACAGGUGGAUUCGAACGAUCCUCCCGCUGAACCUGAGGUUUUGGCUCAGGACCCGACACAGCGCCGAAGAUCCAUGAGGAUUGCCAACAGUGAUGGCGCUGGAACUGACAAUGUGGUGGACUGUGAGGAAUCUGCAGGAGGACAAACGUCACCAAGGAGGAAGACUGCCGCCCCCGCCGCUUUAAGAUCAACCAGUGCUCCAAGGGGUAAAAGAACCAGAAUAAGAGAACGGCUUGAUGGCGUUAAACUUGAUGACGAUGAGCACCCUGAUCCAGCACAGGUCUUAAGGGAUCCACACCAGCGCCGCAGAUCCCGGCGCAUCUCAAGCCGUUUUUCAGCAGCAGCAGCAUCAUCAGUCAACGUGUCAGUUGUCAACUUGAAAGCUGAUCCAGACGCAGAUCCAAUUUUAGCUGCUGGCGUCCAAGUCGUUCAUGCACCUGGCGGCCCUGCUGCUGAUGACAACAACGGGAGUGAGGAUGAAAACGCUGCUCCAGAUAAUCCUCUAGAUAAGAAUUAUGAGCCGCCUACCCGGUUGUUGAGACAACUUAAGCUGCCGAGAUCUCAUCUUGCACCCAGGGUUUCUCAGCAGAACCACAAAAACUCCAAUUCUGACCCACCAAUGCCAGCUCUGGCACCAAACCCUCGCUUCAACAGCGACGACAACAUCAUGGACUCCGAGGAUACAAAGGCAUUCUCCAUCUUCGAUGCCAAAAAUCCAGAGGUCGUCAACCAAUUCAAGCGCGAAGAGAAUUAGCGCUAACCAACACCAAUUUCGAGUUCAAGAGCCCAGCCACGGUUUCCAAAGGACAAAUUAUUUUAGAAUCACUUGGCCAACAACCAGAUUUGAUUUUAAGUUAAGCUCAAAUAAGCUUGUAAAUAAGUGAUUGAUUAAAGACAUUGUU